AUAAUUUAGUAGUUUCAACACUUUCAACUCUCUCUCUCUGUAAGUAUAUUGUCAGCUCUACUCUGAACUCAUUCUAAUUGCACAACUAAUUAUCUAGAAACCUCUCUCUUUCUCUCUCUUGACCCUAAACAUGGAGGCCGAACAAAGAGUUUCCUUGACCUUGCCUCUUGUGUCUGACGAUAAGCAUGGGAAUAAUAAUGGACUAAGUAGCAAGCUAGAAGAAGUUGAGUCAAACCAUCCUCAAGCCACUACAAGUUCCACCUCUUUCUUCAAAACCUGUUUCAAUGGAUUAAAUGCUUUAUCAGGAGUUGGUAUACUCUCAGUCCCAUAUGCACUAGCAACAGGAGGAUGGUUAAGCUUGACACUAUUCUUUACCAUAGCUACGGCAGCCUUCUACUCUGGCUUGUUGAUUAAAAGGUGUAUGGACUAUGAUUCCAACAUCAGAACUUACCCUGACAUUGGAGAGAGAGCAUUUGGAAACAAAGGAAGAAUGAUAGUCUCUAUUGCUAUGUACACUGAGCUCUACUUAGUCUCAGCAGGCUUCCUAAUUCUAGAAGGUGACAACUUGUACAACCUGUUUCCGGGAGAUGGCUUAGAAAUAGCAGGGCUUACAAUUGGUGGGAAGCAGUGCUUUGUGCUGAUUGUAGCUCUUGUUAUCUUACCAACUGUAUGGUUAGACAAUUUGAGUCUUCUUUCUUAUGUCUCAGCCAGUGGGGUGCUAGCUUCUGCUAUCAUUCUCUUCUCCAUUGUGUGGACGGGGGCUUUCGAUGGAGUUGGGUUUCAUCAAAAGGGAACACCCAUUAAUUGGAGUGGAAUCCCUACUGCUAUGAGUUUGUAUGCCUUCUGUUAUUGUGCUCAUCCAGUUUUCCCUACUCUCUAUACUUCCAUGAAGAACAAACACCAAUUCUCUAAUGUCUUGCUUCUCUGUUUCAUUAUCUGCACAGUUGGCUAUGCAUCAAUAGCUGUUUUUGGGUACUUAAUGUUCGGGUCAGGAGUACAAUCACAGAUCACUUUGGAUCUUCCAACAGGGAAACUCAGCUCAAGAAUAGCCAUAUACACAACUUUGGUGAAUCCCAUUGCCAAAUAUGCUCUAAUGGUGACACCUAUAAUUGAUGCUGUCAAAAAUGGAUUCCCAUGUUUUCUAAACAAGAAACUCUUUGGUAUAAUAAUUGGUACAGCUUUGGUAAUCAGCAGUGUCAUAGUAGCUCUUGUUGUGCCAUUUUUCGCAUCCCUCAUGUCAUUGGUGGGAGCAGUUUUGAGCUUGACAGCUUCGAUCAUAAUGCCAUGUUUAUGCUACUUGAAGAUUUCUGGUAUUUACAGAACAUUUAAUUGUGAAUUGGUUUUUUUAGUGGUUAUGAUAUUAAUGGGGGUUGUUUUUACUAUUAUUGGAACUUACACAUCUGUACUAGAUAUUUUAGUGAAUUUGCAAAUGUGAAGAGUUAUAUUCUAUUUGAAUGUAUAAAUUGAGAUUAUUUUUCUCUGGAA